AACUUGCAGCCGGGACAGGUGACCGCCUCGCUCUCCACUCCUCCUCUUUCUUGCCGCGCAAGAACGCGCGCCGCUUUUAUCUACCGCGGCCGCCCGCCCCGCAGCCCCCAGUCCGUUCACGCUCCUGCUUGCCCCUGUCGUCCUGCGGUUUUGGCCUGACUGCCCCCGGCAUCCCUCCCGGCGGCAUCGAGACGACCAGUCAGUCGAUGCUUCGCGAGCUGGAACUGGACGCCGGCCGACCCGCUGCUCAACCCGUCGAGUUCGACAUGGCUACUCCCCUGAUUGCUGGGUUGUCAGUGGCUGCUGCUGCAUUGGGUGGACGAUCCAUGAUUAGAGCAUGGCAAGCCUUCCAGACCCGGGCAGCAAUGCCACGGGUGCGCCGGUUCUAUCCUGGUGGAUUUCAGGGGGAAAUGAAUCGAAGGGAGGCUGCAUUAAUCCUUGGUGUAAGAGAACGCGCUACACUGGAUAAGAUCAAGGAGGCUCACAGGAGGGUCAUGGUAGCUAACCACCCUGAUGCUGGUGGCAGUCAUUACGUCGCCUCAAAGAUCAACGAGGCAAAGGACAUCCUAAUGGGAAAGGGGAAGCCCGGGUCUUCGAUGUUUUAGUUGACACAAAUGAAACGAUGCCCGUUUUGCUGUGACAUGGAUAUGGAUGAUGCUGUAGCUUUUUCUUCCAGAGGGAAUGACAGUUGCACGUUGCACAUUUUUUAACAAUGGUGUGCUGCCUGUACCAUAUAUCUAAACAAGGACUUAUUGUCUGGAUCAUAAGUUAUUUGUUUGACCUGAUUGACAAGAGUAACCAUGUACAUAUCUCAGAGGCUCCAAUUCUUGUCUAGAUGUCUUGCACCUUUGUUUCUUGAACCUCUCUGAUGCAUAGUUGUCACAAUUGGAUUCGCCCCUUCUAAGAAGAUAAUAUUGGAGUUUU